AUGUCCAUAUUCCCAAUGAAGCAAGUCCAUCCGAGCUGUCUAGUAAUACACGACUCGAGAUUCACCAACCAGGAUAAUUACAACGUCUAUUGGCGUCCAAUGAAGUCUCGAACGUUGAAAAAUACCGACAUGAGUCAAUGCGUGACUCGUACAUGA